AAAUUGAAUUCAAUCUCCCCCAAAUUGAAAACCCUCAAUUAAAACUCCCAACUUUCCCUCGUUAUUUCACUUUCUAUACCUGCACCUGCAACCAGCUGAUGUUAUGAUACCUUCGCUUGGACCUCAAUUAUCAUCUGUUUGCUCCUCCGGUCAGUUUCUUUCCGUUUCUACUUGUCUUUUUCUACUGUUAGUAGAAAUGUAACAAUUAUUCAAAAAUUAUCACUGGCCCUAUGGGUAACAAACCCUUGAAUGUUAUUGAGUUUUAUGACGUUGGUGCUUCUAAUCCCCAAGAUGACCAUCAUUUUGAUCACCAUUAUCACAAUGAUCAUCAUUCUUUGGAAGGACCUUCUACUCCUCAUGAAGGUAUGGAAUUCGACUCUGAACACUCCGCCCGCAUUUUCUACAAUUCAUAUGCCCGCCGCAUUGGCUUUAGUACCAGGGUUAGUGUAUACCAGCGCUCUCGCCGUGAUGCCUCUAUUAUUUGCCGUCAAAUUGUGUGUUCUCGUGAGGGCUUUCGUCGCAAGGCCACUGACCACAAGUUUAAAAGACAUCGGACUAUCACUCGAGUUGGCUGUAAAGCUCAAUUGACUGUUAAGAAACUAACUUCUGCCAAAUGGGCUGUCACUAAAUUUAUCAAACAACAUAAUCAUGAACUUGUGCCUCCUGAUAAAGUGCACUGCCUUCGCUCUCACAGGCAUGUUUCUGGUCCUGCCCGAAGUCUAAUUGAUACUCUUCAGGCUGCAGGGAUGGGGCCUAGUGGAGUUAUGUCUGUGCUGAUUAGGGAAUCUGGUGGAAUUAAUAACGUUGGUUUUACUAAAGUUGAUUGCCAGAAUUAUAUGAGCCACACUAGGCAGAGAACACUUGGCGCUGGAGCUCAAGUUGUUUUUGACUAUUUGAGGCAGAUGCAGGCUGAUGAUCCUGCUUUCUUCUUUGCUGUCCAAGGUGAGUUUGACAAUUACUCUGGAAACAUUUUCUGGGCAGAUGCUAAUGCAAGAAUGAAUUAUACUUACUUUGGAGAUACUGUUAUAUUUGACACCACAUACAGAACAAAUCGCUAUAGAGUGCCUUUCGCACCUUUUACUGGGUGGAACCAUCAUGGUCAGUCCGUGUUGUUUGGUUGUGCGUUAAUGCUUAAUGAGUCAGAAUCUUCCUUUGUUUGGCUUUUUGAAACUUGGCUUGCUGCAAUGUCAGGUUGUCAUCCUAUCUCAAUCACUACAGACCAAGACAGAAUCAUACGGGCAGCUGUUUUGCAAGUGUUUCCUGCAACGCGCCACCGCUUUUGUAUUUGGAACAUUUUUAAGGAGGCCCAGGAGAGAUUAUCUGAGGUAUACCAGUCACACCCUUCUUUUGAUAUGGAUUUCCAAAAGUGCAUAAACAUGACAGAUACAGUUGAUGAGUUUGAGUCAUGUUGGGAGUCACUUAUUCAAAAGUAUGACCUCAGGGAUAGUGAGUGGUUUCAGUCAAUGUACGAUGCUCGCCAGCAAUGGGUGCCAGUUUAUCUUCGAGAUACAUUUUUUGGUGAUAUGUCCAUGCUGCAAGGAAGCGAUAGUAUACAUUCGUACUUUGAUGGGUAUAUAAAUGCAUCUACAAAUAUUCAAGGGCUAAUUAAGCAGUAUGAAAAAGCAAUUGCCACUCACUUUGAGAAGGAAGUAAAGGCAGACUAUGAUACAAUGAAUACUCCUCCACUUUUAAAAACUCCAUCUCCUAUGGAGAAACAGGCAGCAAAUCUCUAUACAAGGAAGAUUUUCAUGAGAUUCCAAGAGGAAUUAGUAGAAACACUUGCUUAUGCAGCAACUGUAAUUGAUGACAUUGGAUUAUCAAUUACAUAUAGGGUGACAAAGUUUGGAGAAGAACAAAAAACACAUUUUGUUACCUUCUAUAUUUUCGAAAAGAGAGCUAGUUGCAGUUGCCAAAUGUUUGAGUUUUCGGGUAUUAUUUGUAGGCAUAUUUUGGCAGUUUUUAGGGUUACUAAUGUUCUUACACUUCUACCAUGCUAUAUCUUGAAACGGUGGACAAGAAAUGCCAAAACUCAGGUUGUUUUUUAUGAACAUGAUCGUGGGCUGGCUAGUGAUUGCCAGGAAUCUCUUGCUACUCGUUGCGACAAUCUUCGCCGAGAAGUAAUCAAAUACAUAGAAGAAGGCGCAGAAUCAUUAGAUACGUAUAAUGUGGCAAUGGAUGCUCUUCAUGAGGCCACAAGGAAAGUUGCUGCUGCAAAAAAACAGAAUGUCGUGCAUGCAAAGAAUGCUCUAGUUAAUGGAAGUGAGCAGCUGCAGCCAUCUUGUCUGUGAACUUUCUCCCGGAAAGAGAAAGACCACAUUCUCAAGACAUUGCAAAAGGGUGAUUAUCUUAUACAUUCUUCCAUUUAUUAUAGUUUUAAUAAACAGUUUCUGUAUUAGCACUUGGUAGUAGAGAAAGUGAGUUAAUUUUGCUUCUAUGCUGUGUAAACAACAUAUGGGCGAACCUAGAAAGUUAUGCAGUUGAUUACCUUCCUAUGUAAGGUAUUUAAACAUCAGUUGGUUGGCUGUUAAUUAAUAUGGCAAUCAUUUGUAACUAUAUAUGGCAUUGCUGAACAACUAUGUGCUGGAUACAAGGGGUAAAAUUGCGAAUUAUGGCUAUUUAUGCAAAUAAAGAGAACUUGACGAAUGAAUUUUCAGUUCUAUAAUAUUAAACCAAGUUAGUUUUGUAGUGGACGCGGAAGCUCUGGGCAUGCAGACAUGUAUUAUGUGGUUUUGUUAUUUAUGUUUCUUAUUGAUGCACCGUUUGUUGAAUUUUGUAAAUGCUGUUCCUUUCAUCCAUUUUGCAGGUUGAGGACAACAAAAUUCAGGACUUGACAGCAGAAUUGGAGCAUGCAAGUCAAAAAUGUGAAGCAUAUAGAACAAAAUUACUAGCUGUAUUGAAAGAUAUGGAGGAGCAGAAGUUGAAGAUAUCAGUGAAGUUUCAGAGUGUG